AACUCCUCCUCUGCUCUGGAAUUCGAGAGGGAGAACCGACUUCCCCCCAGAUACGAAUCCCCCAGGAUGUCUCGCCGCAGCCUGCGUCUGCACGCUAACUCCGCCCACUACGGAGACGACAGCGUGCUGGACUCCUCGCUCAACCGCAGCGUCUCCCAGAGCUCCCACACCGAGAGCUUCGUUCAGACCAAGUCGUUGAGAAGCAGGAGGUCUAAUCGCUCCACCUCGGGUUCAGGUUCUAUACUCCAGACCCCAGUGAAGAACCAGACCUCAGCGCUGCACAUCCACAACAGCAGCAUGCACAGCUGUGCAGCCAGCGACGCCUCGCUCCUCUCCUCCCUGCUGGAUGAGUCUAGCAUCCAGGAACACACGCUGGUGGACAACUUCUGGGGACUGGAUAAGGACGGAGAUCUCAAAGAUCAGACUCUCCAAUCAGAACACAGCCUCACUUUUAUUAACAACGAUGCUCAUGUGGCUCACGCGGCUCAGACCUCCAGCGUCCAGCACGGCUACAUCUGUAAGGACUGCACCACCCGCCUCUCUAACAGGAAGGAGUCCUUCACCAAAGCCUGCUCCUCCUCCUCCUGUUCCUACUCAUCAGCUCCUCCCAACUCCACCGCCGUGGAUGGUGCCACCGCCGCUGCCAUCGCCGCCGCAGCUUCCUCCUCCCCCUACACUACAGUGUACACACGAGAGAAGAACCGCCGGCACAGAGCUGGCGUGGUGAGGCGGCUCUCUGAGGCCGUUGUGCAUUACAGUAGAAAAUCCGCCGCGUCUGUAGCGUGUGUGUUUACUGUGAUCAUGCAGAACGUUCUGCUGAAGACGUGUGGAGAGAGUAAAGCCCUGCUGUCCUCGCUGACUGACCGGUGUGUGUGGCUGGUCAGGAGGGCGGCGGCCCUCACGCUGCCGGCUCAGUACGCCGGGCUGAGCAGGUCCGCCGCCGCCGGCUGUGCUAACGGAGGUCAUGCUAGUUACUGUGGAACCAUGAAUUUAAAUGAACAGGCGAUUCACAAGGAUCAGCAAAUUCUCAACGGGCCGCUGUGCGACGACUGCAAAGGAAAAGAGAAUUCGAGGACAGUCCCAGUCUCCCUGUUCCGACAGCUAAUCGAGUCUGUGUUCUUGCUCGUAGCGUACACAGGUGGGAGUCUGCUGAAGGUGCUACACAGGAUCCUCUCCUCGGUCUGGUUCAUCAUCAGGAAGACGUUCUCUGCUCUCUAUUUGGCUGUUGUGUCUCCAGGCAGUGCAGCUUCAGGCAUGAUACAGUGGCUCGGAACAGCCUGGUACCAGUUGGUCACGCUCAAUUCCCUCAUCAACAUUUUUUUCUUGACCAGGAUCAUGCCAAUUCUGCGUAAGAUUCUCCUGGUUUUAAUCCCCUUGCUGCUGCUGUUUGCUCUGCUCUCACACCUCAGUCUGGCAGGAUUUUUACCCCUCUGGCCGGUAGCGAACGUCACCGAAAACGUCACCUCAGAAUCACUGGUGGAUAUCGCUGAUGUAGAAGGUGACGUGGCCACCGAAGUUCAGCCUGAAGUCUCAUCACCACAGCCUGAUAUCGGCCAACCAGACGAGGACGAGGUUCAGGAGCAGGAGACGGCAGCGGCGGCCGCGGUGGACACUGAGCGGCUGGCGCGGAUAGAACAGAGCCUGGCAUUGCUAUGGAAGCAGGUGAAGUCGUCGGGCGGUAAACAGGACCAGCGGCACGCCGAGGUCCUGGGUCUCUGUAACUCACUGAAGGACGAGCUGCAUGAGAACACGGACCGUGAGCGCAUGGGUACGUGGGUGAGCGCUCUGCUGGAGCAGAAGGUCGUCGUGCUGAGAGAGGAGCUGGAGAGAGAGGUGGAGAGAUCUCACCAGGGUCAGGACGAGGGUGAAGGUGAAGGUGAGGGUAAGAGUGAGGAUGAGGGUGAUGAGAAGGUCCAGGCUCAGGAUUCCCGACUAGACAAGCUGGAAGUUCUUCUUCAGGAACUGGCUCUUAAAACUGAGGAGCUACAGAAACGUCAAGAGACCGAGACCCCACUGUCUGUAAGUGGUGGCGAGGUGGACGGUGCCGCUCACGCCGCGUUGCUGGCCGAAGUACAGCGGUUGGAGGCGGCCCUCGCCACCCUCAGGACUGACCUGCAGGGGGUGAUGAGCUGUAAGGGCAAGUGUGCACAGCUGGAUUCUCUUCACACCACCGUCUCGGAGCAGAUCCAUCAGGAGUUCCAGACUCUGCUAUACGGCGCUGAUCAGGCUGAGGGAGACGAUCCGCCCGAGUCUCUGCUGCAGUGGAUCUCGUCUCGGUUCGUGAGCAGCUCGGACAUGCUGACCUCACUCGCCGCUAUGGAGAAGAGCAUUCUGGGAAACUUGUCUCUCCAGCUGGAAGAAGUCCAACAGAAACCGAGUGAGGAGCAGAUCACACGGACGGUGCAGCAGGCCACGGAGAGGACCGGACUAUCAGACGGGGACGUGCAGCUGAUUGUACAGAACGCGCUGAAGCUUUACUCGGAGGAUCGAAUCGGCCUCGUGGAUUACGCUCUGGAGUCUGGAGGUGGCAGUAUCCUGAGCACCCGCUGCUCUGAGACGUACGAGACGAAGACGGCUCUGAUGAGUCUGUUUGGUUUCCCUCUGUGGUAUUUCUCCCAGUCUCCCCGGGCCGUCAUACAGCCUGACGUACAUCCUGGUAACUGCUGGGCGUUUAAAGGAUCUACUGGAUACCUGGUGAUCCGUCUGUCUGUGAGGAUCGUACCCUCUGCCUUUUCCAUGGAGCACAUCCCCAAAACGCUCUCACCCACCGGCAGCAUCAGCAGCGCCCCCCGCAACUUCACCGUCUACGGUCUGGAUGAUGAGCAGGAUGAGGAGGGGAAGCUGCUGGGCGAGUACGUGUACGAGGAGGACGGAGACGCUCUUCAGACCUUCCCUGUCAUGGAGAGCAACACCGACACCUUUCAGAUCGUGGAGCUGCGAGUGCUGAGUAACUGGGGUCACCCGGAGUACACCUGCCUGUACCGGUUCCGGGUGCACGGUGACCCGGCGGAGGAGUGAUCUGGAGUUUACAGAAGAUUCGAUCCCACUGAUCCACGUGAUCCAGCCUGUAGAUCCUUCUCACCAUCGCUGGCUUUAGCUUUCAGGUUUCGGAUCUGCAGCUUCUGCACUCCCGUAUUUCUCAGAAAGGACCGAACCCGGACGGAACUGAGGGAACUCGGUCCAAACAGCACUGGAAUAAAUAACACUCAGUAUAAUGGAAGCUAAAUAAAGUGUACAGUGUAUUUUAACAGCAUGUUGUAAAUAUUGUUCAGAGUUUGUCGGCUUUGAGUGCGUCUAUAAUUCUGCUAAUUCUGUUUCCUGUGUAGUGAGUGAAUGUGAGUGCCGAGCUGAGAGAGACUCUUAUUAAUCACUAUUUAUUUUUUUAAGUAUUUGAGUUGAUCUUAGUAAGACUUUAUAUUGUGUAUUUUUGUAAAUGCUUUUCAAGUGAUUUUGUAAUUAAGGGACCACAGGUUGGAUUUUGCAAUGAAGUUAUAUUUUGUUUGUGUGGGACGUUUAAAUAAAGAAUAAUUUUAUAAA